AUGAAUCUGGAUCACGCGGAGAAGCUUCUUUCCAGGUGGGGAAUCAUCAUCAGAUCAAACCAAAAGCAAUAUCAGAGAGAGACAGCAGGAAAAGAAGAAGAAAACCAUCAAACUGAAGGCAUGAUCCGCAAAAACAAUCAUCAAAAAGAUAGACGGCGGCAUUAUUGCUGCGGCGGCGACAUCAGAUGCGGCGGCGGCGGCGACAUCAGAUGCGGCGGCGACAUCAGAUGCGGCGGCGGCGGCGACAUCAGAUGCGGCGGCGGAUGGGAGGAGGAGAGUUCUGCUGCGCCGAAUAGGGGGGCUGCACCCUGUUAUAUAGAGAGCUUGCUAGGGUAUGGCGCCGCGUGGCAGUAA